ACUGGUACUUUGAACUUAUAUCAUCGGUGGUAUUAAGAUUUUUGAAUCUACAUCCAACCAUUGGAGUACCAUUGGCUUCUAAUUCAAUAAUUUUCUGAAUUUUCUGUAUGGAGAGAUAAGUUGGCAGAGAAGAUGAAGGGAGCCAAAUGAUGAGUCGGAAUAUACGAAGUUUUUCCUGAGAGGCCCCUUCAUAGCCGAAUAAGUUCCCGUCAAGUUUCACUUCCUUUUCUUACCCUGCCGUAAACUGCAAUAGCCCAUACUCUCUAUCGCCCCGCCCGGGAGUUUCUGGGGGGACCCCUUCUCUGUAAACGCAAUUUGUGUCGAAGCAAGCCGAAUCCCAAGCUGUAAGAAUUAGACGUUGAUGCAAUUUAUGGCAGUCCUCCUUUUUAAAAGCGGCCCUUUGUAUACCCUACCUUAUGCUCGUCUUUCUUUCCGUGGUCUGAUCUACUGGGAAUGAGGGCGUUGAUUGAUUAGAAACUAGUCAAUUCGAGUUAAUUUGUUCUAGUUUUCAAGUUCUCCUUUCAAUUGAUCUUUGCUGCUAUAAAACUAUACAAUGCAGAGAAAAGGAUCUUUCUUUCCGUGAGUACUGUUUUUCCAGAUUGCGGGGAACGCGAAUUGUUUAGCUAUGUGAAGAAAUCUAUCACUAUGGUCUGAUUUCGAUUGUUUGGAUGGAUGUAUGCGAAUCGGCACGGGCAUUGAGAAAGCAUAUAUUGGCAGCGGCGCCCAGACAACCGUUGGUUCCUGCAGAAAAGAACAAUGCCGUUAUCCCCCGGUCUCCCUCGCGUUCAACGAACAAGUCACCUUCUUCUUCAUCGUCGGCUGGUUCUCGGCGUUGCCCAUCACCAAGCAUCACGCGGACGGUUCCUACAUCAUCCCAAUUGGUUCUUAAAAGAGCCCAAUCAGCAGAGAGGAAGCGACCCUCCACACCCCCUUCUCCUCCAAGCCCCUCCACGCCAAUUCAUGGUUCGCCGGCAGAUGUACAGUUGCUAUCGAAAAGAAUGAUUGGUGGUCGACCUGAGAGUUUAUGGCCCUCUACGAUGAGAAGCUUGAGCGUCUCAUUCCAAUCCGAUGCAUUUUCUAUUCCUGUUAGCAAGAAGGAAAAACCCGUGUCAUCUUCUCUUUCUGAUCGAACUCUGAGGCCUUCUUCCAAUUUUCCCCAUAAGCAGGCUGAAACGCAAAAUGUUGCACGGAAGCCCACGCCAGAGAGAAAGAAGAGUCCUCUUAGAGGUAGAUGUGGGCAUGAUCAGUCAGAGAAUUUCAAGCCAGUUGAUGGUUCUUCACGUUCCCAAGUGGUAGAUCAGCAUAGAUGGCCAAGUAGAGUUGGUGCCAAGGCAUCCUCUAAUCCAUUAAGCUGUAGUACAGAUCUCACUGAUAAGAGAGUCCCAACCUUAAAUAAGCCACUCAGAGGAAGUGGAUUAUCUUCCACGAGGGCAACCAUGGUUGAGACUACCAAUAAACCUUUACAGAAAUCAAUCAGUGGUGUUAUGAGGCAAUCAUAUGUUGAUGGAAGGAGUAGGGAAGAAGAAUUUGAGGCCAAUUCAGCUAAUGAUAAUUCGACGCAGGAAUCUGCAAUUAAAAAGGUUGUUUCUUCAAGUUUACCAGGCACAAAAGUAACAACAAACCGAGUUGUGAGAUAUGACUCACCUACUCUUGGGCCACGUCCAUCUUCACCUUCUAGGACACCAGUAGUAUUCUCUGUUACCAGAGGAGUUAGUCCAUCUCGAAUUCGACCGUCAACUCCACCUCCUCGAGGCAUUAGCACGUCACGAAUAAGACCUUCAAAUUCUUCUCCACCGAAUGUUUCAACUUCUGUACUUAGUUUCAUAGCAGAUUUUAAGAAGGGAAAGAAGGCAGCAAGCUAUAUAGAAGGUGCUCAUCAGCUACGGCUUCUAUAUAACAGACAUUUGCAGUGGAGAUUUGCUAAUGCACGGGCAGAGGCAGUUCUGUAUAAUCAGGGGUUGACAGCAGAGAGAGCUCUUCAUGGUGUAAGGAAUACUACACUAAAUCUGUGGGAUUCAGUUAUCAGAAAAAGGAUCAAUCUCCAACAGUUGAAGCUAGAGCUCAAGUUGAUCUCAAUUAUGAAUGAUCAAAUGAGCUACCUCAAUGAAUGGGCUGUGCUUGAAAGAAGUCAUAAUCGAUCCUUAUCAGGUGUCAUAGAUGAUUUAGAGGCAAGCACUCUUCGUGUUCCAGUAACUGGAGGAGCAAAAGCAGAUGUUGGCUCUUUAAAUGGUGCUAUCUGUUCCGCUGUUGAGGUGAUGCAAGCAAUGGGAGCCUCCAUUUGCUCCUUGCUCCCGAGGGUGGAGAUACUGCAGACGUUGGUUUUUGAACUUGCUAUUGUUGCAGCCAAAGAAAAAGCUAUGCUUGAUGAAUGUGUAGCAUUGUUGGCUUCAACAGCGGCUUUGCAGGUUCAGGAGCAGAGUUUAUGGACACAUCUGAUACAAAUGAAACAAGGACUGGAAAAGGGCUGCCAGUUUUAGGCUGUUAAAGGCAAGCUUCCUGACGUGAGUGCCCAGCUAACAAAACCCCAUCUACUCAUUACUUCACCGGAGAUGUAAAUUCAUUCUUUAAAUUCUUAGCAGGAGUAUGUAGCUGUAAAUCUUUUUCAACUUUAAUCUAUAUUCUCAUUUCAAAAUUUCUUCAACGCCUCACAUUCUUCCACUGCAAGAGCUUGAUCUGGCUUACUCUUAAUUUUCUUCUGCUUGCUUACCAAUUGUUAUGCAAACUGAUGGAGAAAUUGAAGGGUCAUUACACAAUGUGGGGACUAGGUCAGGAAUUGGAGUGGAAGAAAAGUCCAAGUCGCUGCAUAUUUCAGGUUCAGGUGCCCUCCUGUUUCUAUAGUCCCUUUUAUUUGAAGCCCAAAUGAUAAUGAACUCUGCAUAAAAUUUCAAGUCUUUUAAAUGAAAUGAAAUCUAUGGUGCUGACUGCAGAGUGGAUUCAUUUUGUCA